AUGAGAGUUGCCGAGAGACCCACAUUCUCAGAUCUCAGUGCCAUGGAUGAAGAUCUGUUUGAGCAGCUAGCACGCCCAUGCCGAGUAUCGCGAAGUGCGCGUCCCAAGGUACAAAAGGUGGCAUAUCCUCUGAGAAAUCGAAAAGAUUUCACCAAGCACUGCUGUCCUAGGAUGCUGUCACUGGGUCCCAUUCACCACGGGGAAUCCCAUCUGGAGUUAGGAGAGAGGUACAAGCUCAUGUGGGCGUCCAUGUAUGUCCAAGAAGAUCGAGAAAGGGCCCGAUAUCUUCAUGGAAAGAUCGCAGAGAACAUCGAGGAACUGCAGAAUCUAUACACCGAAGAUGCGAUCGGUCCCUUUAACGACCAACAACUGGUGCGGAUGUUGUUUUUGGAUGGUUGUGCUCUCCUUCAAAUCUUAAAGCAUCCUGCAGACCCGGAACGACUCAAUGCCAAGGUUGACCAGCUUGUUCUUGUUCACCGAGAUGCGCUGUUGUUAGAGAACCAACUUCCCUUCCGAGUGCUCCAGCUUUUAAGUGACGUCCCCGACCCUGAACUCCUCAAAGACAUGCACGAAUUCCUUCGCUAUCAUCAUUUGUCACGGGGAAAACGUGGUCAGAAUCGAGCCGAGGGCGAUUCUCAUCAUCAAUGCGUAAUUGACGUCACCGUCCCUGCUCCGGCUCAUCUUCUUGAUCUACUACGGAAUGUGGUGGCUGGACUCCCUCCUGCUCAAGAGAAACGGGUGGUGCAAAGUGGCACGACAACAGUGCAAAGUGGCACGACAACAUACAGGAAUUUGAAAGAGCUGACUGCAGCAGGGAUUGAAGUGAAAAGGAGCGAGUCAGAGUGCCCCUUCCACAUCACUUUCUCCCCCCGCUGUUUGUGCGGAGAACUCAGAGUGCCAGGGUUAGUGGUGGACGGCACAACUGCUUCAACAUUCCUGAACUUGAUGGCGUACGAGGCGUGCCCAGAUUUCGAGAACAACUACGAGAUAAGCUCGUACGUAGAAUUUCUGGACUCACUGAUCGACCACCCGGACGAUGUGAAGGUGCUGAGGAAGGCCCAGGUUCUGCACAACGCCCUCGGCAGUGACGAGGAAGUGGCCGAACUGUUUAACAACAUAAGCACUGACGUGGUGCCUAACGCCGCAAUAUAUGAGUCUCUUAGACGUGACAUAGAAAAGCAUUACCGGCAGAAACACAAGACCUGGUUCGCUCUAGCGAAGACUAAAUAUUUCAGCAACCCUUGGUCCUUCAUUGCCUUGAUUGCUGCUUGUGUGGGUCUUCUUCUCGUUUCUUUCCAAACCUAUUUCACUGUUUUCCCCCGCCGUUCUAGUUAGACCCCCCCCCCCAUGGCAAUAAAAAGGACCU